AUGCGUCUGCCGCACUUGACCCACACAGCGCUGCGACUUAGAGAUAGGCAACAUCAUGUGGAACCUGGACCUUGGACGGGACCUAUAGCUGUAGAGGAACGUUAUGAAGGCGAACAAAAACUAUCAAGAUACGUACCGAAGCUGCCAGAGUUAGACGAGCGUGUGUUAAUUCUGUAUCAUUCUUCACUUAAACGUGCCUGGAAGCAGCAACGGAAACAGCCGGAGAUUAAUAAAACGAUGUCUUCGCUGAGUCGCUAUGGACAUGAAGCCAUUUACGCAGCUACUCUGAUCCAGAAGAUUGUGCGAGGUGUCGCGGCUCGCGAAGAGUGGCGAGCAUUUUAUUGUCUGCGGAAUCAGAGUGCGGCCGCGCGGAUUCAGUUUGCAUUUCGACGAGUACUAGUGUGCCGGAGGGUUCUUGCGCGCCUUACAAAGAAGAGAAGUGACCGAGCAACUCAAAUACAAGCUUGGUUUCGAGGGUAUCGAUGUCGAGAUCUGCUGCUACUUCAGUACAUUCGAGUCAUGAACCAGAGAAUCGCCAAUUUCCAGAAGUAUAUACGUGGUCGACGUCUAUGGCGUAUCGUGAUGGCUAUGCUGCAUAGGCGACGAUGUGAUGUGGCUACCGAGAUCCAACGCUGUCACCGAGGAUGGAAGGGAAGGCAACGAGCGGUUGCGAUCCGAUUUGAACAAAAUCGAUAUGUGCGGGCACUAAUCCGAGAGAGCAAAAUCCAUGCUCAAUGCGCAAGAUGUAGUGGCUGUCAGCUUGACAGUUGUACAGAGGAUUCACUGUUUGCAUGCUUCAUGGCACGUUAUGUGGGUCUUCACGACUUCAAAGGAGCAAAAACGCUUUGUGAAGACGGGUUGCGGCUCUUUCCGUCGUCAGCCAAGUUUGUAUUUUUCUAUGCUGUUCUUUUACAAGCCAUUUGUGAAGAAAUUGAGACUUUCAUGGUAUUCUUAAAACGAGCUAAGGAGAUCGGUAUCACCAACGAGCAACUAUCGGAGUGCGAGACCCAUUUCUUCCUGCCUGCACAUUUGCUGCGUCCCGAUGAUGCUCAGACGUUCCUAGAUUUGGCGAUUUUGUGUCAAUGCUGCGGCCAACUCCCUCGCGCAGAAGCAAAUUACGCGAAAGCGCUGGACCAAUUGCCUCAGGAGUAUGCCAUUCCUGGCUAUCUGCACCGCGUGAAUAUGGUGGACCGCCUACUACUUAACUAUCAUCGAUUCUGCUCGAUUUUCAAUUUCCGUCAAGUAAAUGUGCUACUGAAGGAAGUCUUCACUGCGAAAAAAGGCAAGAAGGUCCGUCUAAUGGUUUCGAAGCUCAAUCACUACACCGCAAUAACUCCGAUGGACAGCCCAACAACCUGUCGGAUAAAUGCUCUAUACUUGACGGACGAUGAAAUUUACUACCAAGACAUUGCUGGAUUAAAUGUCAAGCCAAGCGUUCUUGGACAGUUCUCAGAAGGGCGAUCGAAGCUACGACUAACCAGAACGAGUGCUGAGUUUCUCCUUAACACCUUAGUUUUUACGGUGAUGCUGAUACCCUAUAUACUAAAACUACGACAGCAACAUCGGAGCGGUAUGAUUUCUUCAAGAGCAGCUCUUGAUGUUCAGAGGGUGUAUCGUGGAUUUCGACUCCGAGCUGAGAUUCGACGGGAACGAUUUCUACAUGACAUUAGGCAGAAACAAGCAGAUGAAAUGUACCAUCGACUUCACAAAAGCUACGUCCUUCGAGAACUGAGACGAACUAGCGCUAUAGCAAUCCAGAAAAUAUACAAGGGAUGCGCGCUUCGAAAGCUACUUCAGCUCUGGAAAACCAAGGCAGGUCAAAUUCAGCGGGUUUUCCGGGGCUAUCGAGGCCGACUAAGAGCUGCAGCAUUCCGAGAUGGGACGUGUACAUUUUACAUGGCCCAACGAGUCUAUCAACGAGGAGUAAACAUCAGUGGGCAUCGAGUUAUGCUCGUUAUUGAUAAGUGUGGCUUCUCAUUUCGGCUAGAUGGCUACGAUUUGGCGUCGUGCGUCGCUUACAACGGAUUUUUGUCCCACUCGAGCUCAAUGAAUCUACUGUGUUAUCUGAACUGGACCUACGCUGAGACGCUAUGUGGACGCGAGUUUACUCGAAAGGGUGACAAGAUUACCAUCCGCAGCGUGUCGUCAGUCAAUCGCUUAACAGCUGAGUGUUUCGUUAUCUGCGUCGGAGGCACGUUAGCAGAGUUCACCGUGCCACUUGCAGACUGUAUCCAAGCUAUCAAUUUGCGAAAUUUCAGUGCUGGAGCCAAGGAAACACCCUUGUUAGCCAUGCCUAUGACUGUCGACGAUACUGCGCGGUUUGUUCAGGCCAUCGCGGGACGUGUGAUCUUGGUCCCAGCGCUUCGAAUGGCUACGCAAGACCUAAAAGCGAAGGCAUCAGCUGGCUUCACUAUUUCAGUUCAACCCCCGCCAGAAAUGCACUUCAUGUUCCAACGGAAGCCAAGCGUACGGAGUAAAAACUCUCAUACCAACACCUCAAGUUCGUCCGUGCUUCAGUUUGUAUACCCUGUCAUUGAUGGUCUUCGGGGUGUCAGCAUUGGCACAAAGCAGUUCCGCAAAAAAUGUACACGACACGCAGUUCAGUUCACUCGGUGCCGCUGUAUGCUGCCCAUUAUCUCUACGUCAGCACACGUUGAAGCGAUCAGUCGAGCUCUCGCACUAUCGUCGACAACUUCAGGAUCGCAGCACCAUGUACAAUGA